AGGUUCCGCUUCUGUUCUGUUUCCUGACGGAUUGCGCUAGGCUUGUACACUUCCGGCGGAUCCGAGUGCCAUGUGGAGUAAAUGAUUUGACUGUAGUGUGGGGCUGUAUCAGGUGCAAGUGUGCUGUGCCUAUUUACGCUGGGCACAUUUGACAAUUGUGCCUAUUGAUGCUCCAGAGUUCCCCUGUGUCAUUAAGGGCAGCAGCACUUGAUUCUAAACAGAAGGCAGGAAGGACCUGAGCGGCACACAGCCAACAUUAAACAUGGAGGAGAAAGAUCAAAAGAAGCACCGUAAGAAAAACAGUGGGCCAAAGGCAAACAAGAAGAAGCAAAAACAACAAAAUGAUGGAGCAGCUGGUACAGAGGAAGAUGCCAGAAAACGGAACCCUAAAGCUUUUGCUGUGCGCUCUGCUGUGCGGAUGGCACGAACUUUUCAUAGGACUCAGGAUAUCAAGACCAAAAAGCAUCAUAUUCCAGUAGUAGACCGAACACCGUUAGAGCCUCCUCCCGUGGUUGUGGUGGUUGUUGGACCUCCUAAAGUUGGGAAGAGUACCUUGAUCCGUUGCCUGAUUAGGAACUUUACCAAACAGAAGCUAAGUGAGAUACGUGGACCUGUCACUAUUGUAUCAGGAAAGAAACGCCGCCUAACCAUUAUAGAAUGUGGCUGUGACAUUAACACUAUGAUAGAUCUGGCUAAAGUUGCUGACUUGGUGCUAAUGCUGAUAGAUGCAAGUUUUGGCUUUGAGAUGGAAACAUUUGAAUUCCUGAAUAUAUGCCAGGUUCAUGGUUUCCCCAAAAUAAUGGGGGUUCUCACUCACCUUGACUCAUUCAAAAACAAUAAGCAACUUCGCAAAGUCAAGAAAAGACUAAAACAUCGGUUUUGGACGGAAGUUUACCAAGGAGCAAAGCUUUUCUACCUAUCAGGCAUGGUGUACGCAGAGUACCAGAAACAGGAAAUCCGCAAUCUGGGGAGGUUUAUUUCUGUCAUGAAAUUCCGCCCUCUGUUGUGGCAAACUUCCCAUCCAUACAUCCUUGCAGACCGAAUGGAAGAUCUGACAAAUCCAGAAGAUAUUAGACAAGAUCCAAAAUGUGACAGGAAAGUGACGCUUUAUGGCUACCUGCGAGGAGCAUAUCUAAAGAACAAAAGCCAAGUUCACAUACCAGGUGUGGGAGAUUUUGCCUUGAGUGAAGUGAAUUUUCUACCUGAUCCUUGCCCACUACCUGACCAGCAAAAAAAGCGAUCUCUGAAUGAGAAGGAGAAACUGAUAUAUGCACCACUUUCGGGAGUGGGAGGAGUUCUGUAUGAUAAAGAUGCUGUUUACAUUGACCUUGGACCUCAUCAUGUCCAACAAGCUCAGCAGCGUGCAGCAAAGCCCUCACAUGAGCUGGUGCAGAGCCUUAUUUCCACAAAUGCAACAAUUGAUUCAAAAAUGUCCUCAAGCAAAGUGUCUCUGUUUACUGACUCCAAACCACUGGGCCUGGAAGAUGUGGAAAAGAAAGAAUUUGUGAUGCCCUCAGAGGAGAAAGUUUUGGAUACUAAAACUGGCAGGAUUCGACGCAAGGCAGUUUUUAAAGGUGACAAGGGUGAGGAAGUUUCUUCAGAUGAUGAGGGGGAAGAUGAGGAAAAUGAAGUUGAUGAAAAUAAAGAUGAGGAGUCAGAAGAUGAAGAAGAGCUGAUAGAAAGUGAACUGGAAGAAGAUACUUUAUCAAAAAUUCCAAAAGCUUCUAAAAGGCCAAAGUUAGAAAAGACUAAUAUACCACUUGCAGUAGAGAUGCCAGCAUUUGCUGAUAGUGAUGAUGAACUUGAAAAGAGUUCAGAAGAAGAUUGUGGCUUAGAAGAUGACGAGGAUGAAGAGAGUGAAAGCGAGGAAGAGACAUCAGAAAGUGAAGAAGAAGAAGAAGAAAAUGAUACAAGUCUAGUUCAGCUGGCCUCCACAAAACCAAAUCAGGCAAAGAUCAAAGAAAGAAAAGCAACCCCUACUUUGGAUAGCGGUAACUGUACAGAUGACAAUGGCAAUUCAUCUGAUGCCGUGGACAUGGAUUCCGAAGAUGAACAGAAUGCUGUAGAUUCAGGGGAAACAAGUGAAGAAGAGACUGGUGAUGAGGAAGAGUUACUAAAAGAGGAUGAAGAAUUGUUUGAAGAAGACAUUGCCUCUAAUACAAUGGGUGCUUUAAAGUGGAAGGAUGAUUUGAAAAAGAAAGCAGCAGAAGCUUUUUCACGCCAACAGCAAUCUGUUCCUAAUCUCCGCAAGCUGGUGUAUGGCACAGUGGCUGAAGUGCAAGACGAUAAGGAGGAUGAAAACGAUGAAGAACAAAUAGGUGGCUUGUUCCAUGUCAGUCGCCCUGACAAAGAAUCCAGACAGGCUGCUAAUUCAGUGGACUGCUCAAAAUUCUUGGUUGACAAUCCCCAAGACUGGGAUAAUACUGAGGUUAUGGACUGUAUCCGGGAUUGUUUUGUUACUGGUAAAUGGGAGGCAGAUAAAGAUGCAGAGAAAUUGCUACAGGAAGAUGAGGAGGCAUAUGGUGACUUUGAAGACCUGGAAACAGGGGAAGUGCACAAAGGAAAUCCUGAAUCUGAAUCUGAAGAUGAGGAGAUGGAAGAUAUGGAUGAAAAGAAUAAUAAAGAAACUACGCAGUCACCUGCAGAGGAAGAUGAAAAAAAGCAGCGUCUGGAAAAGAAACGGAAGCUGAAGGAGAGAUUUAACUCUGAAUACGAUGAGGGAGAUGCAGAUGCUACAUAUUUUGAUGACUUGAAAGGAGAGAUGCAGAAGCAAGCAGAGUUAAACCGUGCAGAAUUUGAAGACCAGGAGGAUGAUAUCCGUGUACAGUAUGAAGGUUUCCGGCCUGGCAUGUAUGUUCGAGUUGAGAUUGAAAAUGUUCCGUGUGAGUUUGUGGUGAAUUUUGACCCUUGCUAUCCGCUGAUCCUUGGUGGACUUGGCAACAGUGAAGGAAAUGUUGGAUACAUCCAGAUGCGCUUGAAAAAGCACCGCUGGCACAAAAGGAUACUUAAGACUAAAGAUCCCUUGAUCUUCUCUCUUGGGUGGAGGCGCUUCCAGACAAUACCUUUGUAUUACAUUGAAGACCAUAAUGGACGCCACAGGCUGCUCAAGUACACCCCUGAGCACAUGCACUGUGGGGCUACAAUUUGGGGUCCUAUCACACCCCAAGGGACUGGUUUCCUCGCUGUUCAGUCUGUUAGUGGCACCACUGCGGAUUUUCGAAUAGCUGCUACUGGUGUUGUUCUUGACCUAGAUAAAUCCAUCACAGUAGUGAAGAAGCUAAAGUUGAUUGGAUACCCUUGCAAAAUAUUCAAGAAUACAGCCUUUGUCAAGGGAAUGUUCAGUUCCACACUUGAGGUGGCAAAGUUUGAAGGAGCCUCUGUCCGGACUGUUAGUGGUAUCAGAGGACAGAUUAAAAAGGCUCUGCGAUCCCCUGAGGGAGCAUUUCGGGCUACCUUUGAAGACAAGCUGCUCAUGAGUGACAUUGUUUUUCUGCGUACAUGGUAUCCAGUUUCUGUACCAGCAUUUUAUAACCCUGUUACCUCCCUGCUGAAGCCAGUAGGACAAAAAGAUACAUGGACUGGUAUGAAAACAGUUGGACAGUUAAAGCAUGAACUUGGUGUCCGUCAGAAGCCUCGAAAGGAUUCUCUUUACAAGCCCAUUAAAAGACAAGUAAGACACUUUAACCCUCUCCACAUCCCCAAAGCUCUACAGAAAGCACUCCCAUUCAAGAGCAAGCCCAAAUUUAUGGAAAAGAAGGGUAAAGUUACAAGGGACCAGGUGCGGCCUGCUGUCAUAAGAGAGCCACAUGAGAGAAAGAUUUCCGCUCUUCUGAAUGCCCUUGGAACAGUUAAUAACUACAAGAAAGCUAAGGCCAAGCAAAAUCAUCGGCAGCAGCGCACAAACUUCUUCCGGGACAAACAAAAAGAAGAAGAAGAAAAAAUCAAAAGGCAAAAAGAUGCCAAGAAGAAGCUUUUCAGAGCAAUUGGACAGAAGGAAAAGAAAAAACAAAAGUCAAGUCUUAAGGGCAGCGAAGAAACAAGAUAACUGCUUAUAACUUCAUUUGUCACAGUGAUGUGAAAAUAUGGCUGCUUUAACAUCCCCUGGUUAUAGACAAUUUUACUGCCUUCAUGUCAGUUACUGCCAAUUUUAUGAAGAUUUUCCCAGACCCACUGCAGUACUGCAAUAUUUAGAAAGGAUAUAUGUAAUGCUAAAGCAGGGUAUUACAAAUAGGAUUAAGUUUUGUUUACUAAUAGAAUGCUAGAAAGCAGCUCCCAUCUUCAAGGUAAAUAACUUACUGUGUAACCUUCCUGUGGAUAGCAGGUUGUGGAAAGAAAAUUGAGAGAGGGUACCAGUACUGUGUACUAUCAUUUUAUUUUAUUUUUUUUUAUAAUAAAUACAUGCAAAAUACCAACUUCUGAAAUCUGUGAAGAAUUGUGUGUGUUACCAGUAUCCUCUUUGCUAAGGGACCUGCAAACAGUUUGUACAGAACAGAACCCUUAAAUAAAUUUAUUUUAUUAUCUUCCA